AUGGCUGCUCCUCCACCUAACCCAGUCCCAGUGGCAUACCGAGGAGGCUCACCUUCAGUUCCUGACUGGUUAAACAAGGGCGAUAACGCAUGGCAAAUGAUCUCAGCCACCCUUGUUGGACUCCAGAGUGUGCCAGGACUAGUAAUUCUCUAUGGAAGCAUUGUCAAGAAAAAAUGGGCAGUCAAUUCAGCUUUCAUGGCCUUUUACGCUUUUGCAGCUAUUGUAAUCUGCUGGGUGGUUUGGGCCUACAAAAUGUCUUUUGGGGAUAUGCUCUUGCCCUUCUGGGGCAAAGCAGGACCUGCCUUAGGGCAGAAGUUUCUAAUCAACCAAGCUGCACUCCCUGAGACCAUACAGUUCUACGAUAACGGUGGUGUAGAGACUGCAAUGGCUACACCAUUAUAUCCCAUGGCUUCCAUGGUUUGGUUUCAGUGUGUGUUUGCUGCAAUCAGUACUCUUAUUCUUUUGGCUGGAUCAGUGCUUGGAAGAGUGAAUUUUAAGGCUUGGAUGGCUUUUGUGCCACUUUGGCUCCCUUUCUCUUACACUGUUGGUGUUACACUUAAUGAACAAGAAUAG